CCAUGAGUCCAGUCGCCGUCUCGCAAUGCACUCCUCCAGUGCCAAAAAAGCUUUCCUUUAUGGAUAGCACAUUCGCACCAUCCCCAGAGAAUGACAUUUCCAAAUACCGAAAUCUCGCACCAGUCGUGACUCGAGAAGAUGUGCACUACCUCAAUUCCUCAUUCCAACAAGUCAUGAACUUGCGAGUUCGCGCUGCCAUUGACGAAUACCUGGACCAGGCUGUUGGAACUCCGCAUCCAAAGCCCGUCUGGCAAUCCGUCGCCCAACAAGCCAAGAGUUCUCUGGCUUCCUACCUCAAUGUCCCUGAUGACUCGCUCGUCUUCACCCGCGACACGACCGAGGGACUCAACCUGUUCCAGCGAUCGAUCCCUUUCCAACCUGGAGCAAAUGUGGUGCUUCUGGAUACCGAACACCCAAACCACGCCUAUGGAUGGCUUGGUCUGGUGGAGCAAGGAUUGGAAGUCCGUCGCAUUGACACCAAAGGAGAGAGCUAUGCCGACGCAAACACAUUCGCUCCCUUGGUCGAUGACAAAACCAUUGCAAUUGGUCUGUCGUCAAUAAUGUUUCACAAUGGGCAGUUGAACAAUGUCCAAGAUAUCUGCGCCCGAUUUCGUCCGCGAGGCGUGCAUGUCCUGGUCGACCUCACGCAGCAUGUCGGAGUUUGCCCUAUCGACCUGACGAAAUGGAACGUUUCCGCUGCUGCCCUUGGCUGCCACAAGGGCCUAGGCUGCCCUAGUGGUCUGGGAGCGUUAUACAUCAAUCCCGGCGUUCUCUCCAGCUUGAAAAAGACACCGCCUAUUGUCGGUGCUGGCGCUAUAGGCAACCUCCCUUCUACUCUGCUUGCCGACCCGAACGUCCAAUACCAUGCAUCGCCGCAACGGUACAGUCACCUAAACCUCUCACUCAUAGGUGCCGUAGCGCUCAACGCAUCACUCACCCUUCUGCGUGAGGAGAUCGGCCUAGAGAAAAUCGAGAGAUACCUCCGAGCACUAGGGCGCGAGCUCGCACUGGGCCUGGCACCAUUGGGAGUGAAGAUUGUAG